AGAGAGAGAGAGAGAGAGAAUAUCUGAUGUGGAUUGGCCUUUAGAUCUUAAAAGAGUCCUGGAUUGAGAGAGAGUUCAUGAGAGUCGGUCUAGGAAGGAAGCGAGGAGUGGACCGAGGAUUUGGGCGAGAAAUGAGCGAGAAUAUUAUGCAUGGUUUGAGUUUUGAAAAAAUAUAGGCUUUUUUAAUUUCUUUAUUUCUGUUUGUGUUGACAUAUAUAAUAUAAAUAUAUCUAUAUCCGAUCUGUCUCCCAGACAAAGAGCUGGGUCUCAGGAAAAUCAGAAACCUCUCAGAUACUCCUCUGAGUUCUCUCUGUACACACACUGCUUUCUAUCUCUACCUCUCAGUCUUUGCUCAAAACUUGGCUACGUUCUGUGUUUGUUCCUCAAAUUCGUUAACCUGCGAGAUUUGGGGUAACCUUUUCCAGCCUCGAUUCUUCAAAUUCCUUUAGAUUUUACUUCCCUUUGAUUUCGAUUUAAUGGGUUUGUGUAAGUUGAGAUUCGGUUCUCUCUUUCAAUAUAUCUGUAUCUGCUUCAAAUUUUCUUGAAACGUUAUCAGAAGAAAACGACAAUGUCUCGAGAAGACAAAACAUGAAUGGAAAAGAACAAGAAUGGAUAAAGCGGAUCAAACCCAGAGGUAUAACAAUAGCGGGAGUGGUGGUGGUAUCGGCGGCGUUGCUAGAUCUUCCAAAAACCCAAAGCAAAAGAAAGCCCCACAGAGAGGACUUGGGGUGGCGCAGCUUGAAAAGAUCAGGCUAGAAGAACAGCAAAAGAAAGAUGUAGCUGCAAUUUUGUCACCACCAGCUUCAGUAUCACAGAGAGAAUCUUCCUUUCUAUCUUUGCCAAUUCCAACUUACCACCAUUCUAAUCCAUCUUCAUGCUCAAUUCCCUUUCCUUCUCCAUCCCUGCCUGAUCUUUCAUCGCGAGAUUUGUUAAUCCGGCCACCUCAACCGGGUCAAAACAACGAUGAAAAAAAUUCAAGCACGGUAAAUAGUGCUGGAUUUGAAGCCGGAUGGUUGGGGAUUUCAGUUCCCGGGCUGGGCUGCGUGCCUAAAUUGCGGAACUCCCACGAGUAUAAUCUGGAAAAGGAGAAUUCUGGCAUGGAUCCCAGAUUGGCAUUUCGGUCGAAUUUGAAUUUGCCUUACGAAUCGGACAACCAUAUUUGGCCUCCCCCUAGUUUGAUGCCAAAAACACAGCAAUAUCAGCAACAGCCGAUGGUGAAUGUCUCAUCAGGUACCUCAUCAUCAUCUGUACUAAAUUUUCGUAUGGAGCCCCCUUCAAACCAAAGCUAUUAUUGCAACUAUUCACCUAUGUGGCCUCCUGAGGAAGUGAAGAUGGUUGGCACGAAGAGGCUGUAUCCAUUCUCUCUAGACAAUUCUUCAGGCCCCUCUUCCCACUACAAAUUACCUAGCCUUGUUGUUCCUGUCAGAUCAGAUGAAUCAGCCUCAUGCGAAAACGUAGGCAUGUUUAAUUUUGAGGGCAGCAAUUCAAUUCUAAGAGGAAGACCCUCAUGGUCAACUUCCAUUUCCAACUCUAACCUGAAUUCAAAUAAAAGCAUAAAAGAAAAUGAGGUUAUCAAAGGAGAGUUUCUGUCAUUAUCUCCCAGAAUCACUUCAACAUGUCCAAGCUCAAAGUUCAUGCAGCAUUCAGCUUGUCUGGCCUCUCAAGACCCCAGAUUCCGUGAUGAAUCACUACCUUAUCAAGGAAUUGUGGAAGAUCCAAUUAUCAAGCCGGCAGGGUCAAGUCUGUUGAAUCAACAACCACCUUUUUAUUACUUUCUCCCACCAGCAAAGGAGCAAAUUGGCAAAGCAACAACCACUAUGAACAAUUGCAACGGCGGAGUAGGAGAAAGGAUUGAUCUGAAUUUGAAGUUAUAAUGGGUUCUGCCCAUUCUUCUAGUUUGUUUGGCAGGCUGUUUGUUCCUCUCUAUGAGACAAAAUAUACUAAGAGAUAAUCCUACUAUCGUCUUGGUUGUU